ACACCCGGUAGUUUGAACUUGAACUGAUAAGUGAUAGCAAUUUAUUUUUGAAUAAUUUUUUUUUGAAUGAAUGAGUCGAAGUCGUCGUCAAAGCUGAUUUUAAUUAUAAAAAUUAAAUUGUGCAGUUCGUAGUUCUAAAAUUCUGUCCAAUUGUUUGUUACACCUACACGUAAGUGAAUGAAUGAACAUUUUACCUGAAAUACUCAAUUCUCAUAGAGAAGAGAUUCCAGGUCAUCAAUUUAAUUCGGUUAUAAAUUCGUGAAGGUUGUUCAUACCAUACUUACCGGUAUAGACUAUAGUACCAAUUUUCAAUUGAAUCCAAUCACAGAGGAACUAAUUUCUAACAAAUAAUUCAUAUUAACUAAACUAAUGCAGCUUUGAAGUGAAACUUUCGAAGCUUGGUAGGAUUCAAUGAUCUUGCAUUUUACCCGACGAGUGAAGUUUUUUUCCUCCCAACGAGUCAAACUUCAAUAAUUUGCAUCUUAGCAACUGAAUGUUGUUCGAAAUAACGUUUUUUAAAUCGCAGAAGUUGAAUAAUUUCUUUCGUUGGAUUCCGUUACGAUUUCGUAUUUUAUGUUUUCAAGAAUGGGUUUAAACAGUUCGAUGAAGAUGCUAUCUCGGAUGUAAAUAACUCAAUAAAGAAUAAUUUCACACAGCGUUUCGCAAAGUUCUAAUCUUCAAGCAGGAUUUCGCCGAAUUUUUUUGCUGAAAUCAUUCGAGUUUCACCAUGUUUUCCAUCUUUCGAGGUCGUACUCAUCUGUCGAAAAAAUUAAAUUUAAUCUAUGGCGGUAGAGUCACGAAAACCCUGCCCAAUUUACGAAGUUGCCUUCAGUUUUCUACUAAAAAUGUUUCUUACGUGCAAAAGCGAGACCAUUCUGAUGCUUCAAAGCAGAUGCUUCAUACUCGUAAUGAUAUUUUAAAACCAGUAUCAUUCAGUUUUCCAACCCGCCCUGAUUUUUUUCAAAAAUCGCGUCACAAUCAUGCAAAUAGCGAAAUGAAAUUAUUUUCUACUUGUCAAACACACAGCGAUUUUUCUAAAAAGUUGUCUUCCACGAGCACAGAUGAGAUGGAUCUGAUAAGCACUCUGGUUGAAGAAUGGAUGAAGCGUUACGAUUCUCUGGGCGAACCCAAUGCCUAUACUGUCUGCAGUAUUUUGAGUACUGUGUCAAGAUUUCAUAUUUUUGAUAAGAAAUGGAAUAAGAACGAUCAAAAAAACUUCAAACUACUAAUUGUUAGAAUAGUAGUAAAGGCAAAUCAAUUAUUCGACACGAAUCGUCAAUACAUUUAUCCAUUAAAACCGUGGCAAAUCGCGAAUACCUUGAAUGCGCUGUCAGAUUUGAAUGUAUUUAGAAAAGAUAUCUGGAACGGUACCGUUCAAGUGCGCGGUAAAGAAGUACCCGAAGUCCAGUUGUUCGAAUCUGUCAUCGUUAAACUAAUCCAUCGAGGAAACAGAACAGUCGAUCAGUUCGAUUUUCAGGCUAUAGCCAACAGCUUGAAUGCUUUGUACAAAUGGCGCAAGAACGAGUUGGAAGGCUCCAGCGAGUUCAUUGUUCUAUUAAAGAAACAAGGUCGUACGGCGGCUAGUGGAUUCGCUUCUACGCAGCAUAAUAUGGAAGAUGAAAAAUACAUUUGUAUGGGAGUCGCGAAAACCUUGAAAGCUAUGUCUAACUGGCACAACGAGGAAUUACAAGGAUCUAGAGAGUUUGUUUCUCAAGUACUUGUGAAAGGAACUUCACUCGCUGAAAAAUUCAAUGCUAUGGAAAUCGCCAGCAGUCUAAACACAUUAUCUAAAUGGAACAUUAAUGAUUUUCAAGAAGCCAGAGGGUUCAUUGUUCUGCUGAUCAAACGAGGAAAUGCGGUUAUUGAUCAAUUCAGCUGUCAUGGAAUUUCCAAUUGUUUGAACGCUCUGUGUAAAUGGAAUGUCAACGAAUUACAAGGCUCCAAAGAGUUCAUAUCUCAAUUAGUGAAACGCGGAAGUGCUACAGCUAAAGGAUUCAAUCCUCAAAGCAUUUCCAAUAGUUUGAACGCUGUUUCUAAAUGGAGUACCGAUGAAAUAGGAGGGACUCGAAAAUUUAUCGUCGAGUUGGUCAAAUGCGGAAAUCUAAGUGUCAAUAUGUUUAAUUCGCAAGGAGUUUCCAAUGCUUUAAACGCCUUUUCGAAAUGGAACAUCGACGACUUCGAAGGUGCUAGAAAAUUCACCGAUCAGCUAAUCAAACGAGGAAUUUCUACGAUUGAUGGAUUCAAUUCUCAAAACAUUGCCAACAGUUUGAACGCACUUUCAAAAUGGAAUAUCGAAGAGUUUCAAAGAUCCGAAGAGUUUAUCACCAGUUUAGUUCAACGAGGCAGCGCAACAACAGGUGGAUUUCAUUCUCAAGAGGUAUCCAUCAGCAUGAACGCUCUGUCGAAGUGGAAAAUAAACGAGUUGCCUGGAACUACAGAAUUCAUUGUUCAGUUAUUGAAACAAGGAAGCUCUAUAGCUUUUGAAUUCAACUCUCAAGAGAUCUCAAAUUGUUUAAACGCUCUCUCAAAGUGGGAUCUCAAUGAGUUUCUAGGAUCUAGAGUUUUUAUUAUUCAGUUACUCAAAAGAGGUAUCACAACGAGCGGUGAAUUUAAACCUCUACAAAUAGCUGUGAGUCUGAAUGCUCUAUCUAAAUGGGAAAUUGACGAUCUACCCGGAGCUAGGGAAUUCAUAGUCAAGUUGAUACAACGAGGAAGCACGACAGUGGGUAGAUUCAGUUCUCAGAAUAUUGCCAACAGUUUGAAUGCAUUGUCUAAAUGGAGUAUAGACGAAUUCGAAGUAAGUAAGGAGUUUAUUGUGCAGCUCGUGAAACGUGGAAAUUCAACAAUCGAUUCGUUCGAUUCUCAAAAUACCUCGAAUUGUUUAAACGCUCUUUCUAAAUGGAACAUCUUCCAAUUCGAAGGAUCUGAAGAAUUCAUUGUGAAGUUGAUAAGACGUGGAAAUUUACUCGUCGACGAAUUCGAUCCUGUGGAAAUUGCAGGCAGCCUGAAUGGUCUGUCAAAAUGGAACAUCGGUGAUUUUCAAGAUGCUAGAGUGUUCAUUGAUCUAUUAAGUGAACGAGGUUGUUCAACAGUUGACGAAUUCCAACCUCAAGAAAUUUCCAUCAGUCUGAAUGCAUUGUCGAAGUUGAAUAUUAAUGAAUUUCGAGGAAUUGACGAAUUUAUUGUUCGAUUAAUAAAGCGAGGGCAUUCAACAGUCGACAAGUUCAAUUCUCAAAGCGUUGCUAAUAGUUUAAAUGCCUUAUCUAAAUGGAAUAUCAAUGAAUUCGAAGGAUCAAAAGAAUUCAUCAUGGAGCUAAUAAGAUACGGGAAUGAACUCGUCGACGAAUUCGAUCCUGUGGAAAUUGCAGGCAGCCUGAAUGGUUUGUCGAAAUGGAACAUCGGUGAUUUUCAAGGUGCUAGAGUGUUCAUUGAUCUAUUAAGUGAACGAGGUUGUUCAACAGUUGACGAAUUCCAACCUCAACAAAUCGCCAACAGUCUGAAUGCAUUGUCUAAAUGGAAUAUUAAUGAAUUUCGAGGAGCUAGAGAAUUUAUUGUUCGAUUAAUAAAGAGGGGGCAUUCAACAGUCGACAAGUUUGAUUCUCAUAGCAUCGCUAUUAGUUUAAAUGCUUUAUCUAAAUGGAAUACUGACAAAUUCAAAGGAUCAAAAGAGUUCAUUGUGGAGCUGAUUAGAUGUGGAAAUUUACUCGUCGACGAAUUCGAUCCUCUACAAAUCUCAAUCAAUCUGAAUAGUCUAUCGAAAUGGAACAUCGGUGAUAUUCAAGGAGCUAAGGAGUUCGUCGGUCUAUUGGUUAAACGAAAACGAGGUUGUUAACAAUUGAUGAAUUCCAACCUCAAGAAAUCGCCAACAGUUUGAAUGUCUUGUCUAAUUGAAAUGUUCAUGAAUUUCGGGGAACUGGAGAAUCUAUUCGAUUGAAUUAUUUGAACGUGGGAGGGUUGAAGGAUUUUUCUUUUCUGUUCGAAUUAUUUUUAAUCGCCUGUGUUUUAUUUUCAUAGCUAGUGUACUACUUGUAAGUAUGUAAAUUUCAGAACUUCGUAUCUUGUUAUUUUUCAAAUGUUUGUUUCGUUGUUUUUUUUUUCUUUAUCGUUUAUUUGUAUAAAUGUAUAUUUACCAUAAGUAAAUAAUUUUCAAUAAAUCGAGAUAAAAAUAGGAA